AAGUGCCCAGCCCCGAAGCAAUAGGGGGGCGACUCGCCGUCUCUCACCCAGCCAUGGAAUACCUUUCAGCCUUGAGCUCCAAUGGCCUGCUAAGGUCAGUGUCUACUAUGAGCUCCGAGCUUAGCCGUAGGGUCUGGAACUCGGCUCCUCCACCUCAGCGACCCUUCCGUGUCUGUGAUCAUAAGCGGACAGUCCGGAAAGGACUAACAGCCGCCACCCGCCAGGAACUGCUAGAUAAGGUAGUGGAGACCUUGCUGCUAAGCGGAGUGCUAACGCUGGUCCUGGAGGAGGAUGGGACUGCGGUGGAGACUGAAGACUUCUUCGAGCUGCUAGAGGAUGACACAUGCUUGAUGGCUCUAGAGCAGGGACAGAGCUGGAGCCCAAAGAGUGGGAUGUUGUCAUACGGCCUAGGACGGGAGAAGCCAAAACAUAGCAAGGACAUCGCCCGCAUCACCUUUGAUGUGUAUAAGCAAAAUCCUCGAGACCUCUUCGGCAGCCUCAACGUGAAAGCUACAUUCUACGGGCUCUACUCCAUGAGCUGCGAUUUUCAAGGAGUUGGCCCUAAAAAAGUACUCAGGGAGCUCCUUCGUUGGACUUCCUCACUGCUGCAAGGCCUGGGCCAUAUGCUGCUGGGAAUCUCAUCUACUCUGCGCCAUGUGGUGGAGGGGGCUGAGCGAUGGCAGUGGCACCGGCAGAGUCACCUCCAUUCAUAAUGAAAUUGUGCUUUGAGCCUGUGUUGAAAGACUGGUUCCGGGGUUGGGGAUUUAGCUCAGUGGUAGAGCGCUUGCCUAGGAAGCGCAAGGCCCUAGGUUCAGUCCCCAGCUCCGAAGGAAAAAAAAAAAAAAAAAAGAAAGACUGGUUCCAUGUGCCACGUGAGGGGCAUUAAAGGGCAUCUUCAGGUCUGGGUCUGCGGUGUACCCUAGGUAACUAAGCUGACUCCAACAGAUCAGCCCACUGCCCUGGUGCUCCAGCCUGUACAUUUUCCUGAAGAACGAUACCCAUCUUCCCUACCUCCCUGCCUUCCACUCACCCUACAGAACCACACCCUUGUCCCCUGGCAUCCUGAUCUCACCAUACCUGCUGCUUCAUCUAGGUUCUCACUGACUCCUAUCCCUGCAUACCAAUGACAACUGGCCCUAGCUUUACCUCAGGAUAUCUUUCCCCUAAAAAAUAAAAAUAUUUCCAAGAAAAA